AUUCUGCGUUGAGCUGAAAAGAAAAUCAACGACGGAAGGAGCCAACUCCGCAUCUCGACGCCCUCGAUGUCUCCAACCCGCCCCAAACACCAUUCUCCCAAAGCCAACAACAACAACACCAACAACGCCAACGCCACUAUAACAAUCCACCUCUUCGCCAACCCCUCAACCCCAACACAGCACACCGUAUACACCCUCCCCGCCUGCUCAAUCCGCACCUCGGCCUACCUCCAAGCGCGCCUCCCCCCCAGCUUCAACCCCUCAUACCCCACCAUUCAUCUCUACUGGCACGGCGCCCCCAUAAUCUUCACCCUCUACCUCGCCUUCCUCCGCACGCGCACCAUCUUCACAACCUCAGAGCUCUCCUCUUCCUCCAAAGACCCUCCUGUUCCCGCUAGCCCUAGCACGUAUUCCGACUUCCUCGACCUGCUGUGCUGCUGGGGCCUCGGGAAAGCGCUCGAGGACGAGGUGUUCCAGGAUAUGGUUAUGAGCGAUACUAUCAAGCGCCUGCAGCUGUGGGACGGGAGUAGAAGUGGAAGUGGGAAAGAUGACGGCGCCGCAUGUCCGCUUGUCCAGUGUCUAACGCCGCUCUUGGUCAGCUUCGUGUGGCGAGAGACGGAAGAAGACGGGAAAGCCUCCGUAUUGAGGAAGUUAGUCGUUGAUGCUACAGCGAGAUUCGGGCGAGUUAGAGACUUUGAAGGGUUCCUGCAAGGCGAUGGGUAUCCGCUUGCGUUCAUCCGGGCCUUGCUCGUUGCGAUGGCGAAGGAGCGAGAUAGGUGGAGUGCUUCGUUAAGCGACUUCAGCACUAGCAGCCCUCCUCCUCCUCCCUCGGGCUUCGAUCCAGAGAGUCGGACUCCACCCUUGGGGCCUGGAGGCUGGUUCAACGACACCCCAUCUCCGUCACCGCCUCCAUUCUUCGACGCGAGCGGUAUUCUGGCUCAGCAGCCAUGCCGGAUCCUUCUAAAUGGUUCGGCGAGCCCGGAGAAUGAUGGAAGGAGAGUGAGAUUCGAAUUGAAUGGCGUUUCCUCGAGCUUUCCGGAGGAUAAGUGCGCAUACCACCUACAUCGGCAGAACAAUCGACCAUGCUGGAGGGCUGGACUUUAA